AAAAUAUUUUUAGCGUCAUGUGGUGAAACUUGUGGGUAAUUGGCAACACCAAUUCAUAAUUUCUUGAUUAUCUAAAUGUUGGGAUUAUGUUUGAUUUGUCCUGGAUAAAUAAAUUAGACAUAGUUAACAUAAUGUUUCAGAAAAUAUUAGUGAACCUGAGAAAAUAAACUGUAUAAUCAAGAUGAAUGAAAGGGAUAUCCCAAGUGUCCCUAUUACAACAUUAGCAGGAGUAGCCAGCUUGACAGACUUAUUACCAGUGUUACCGCUCCCGACGCCAUUGCCUGCAACACUCAACAACAAGUCGCAGUUAUUUCAUCCGCGUGUUGCCGAAGAGGCAGCCAUUCUGCUUGCAACCCGCGAUGAAAAUUUAGUGUCGCUGCUAAUACAGUCACUUAUGCAGACUUCAGUAUCACACAUAGACCUGAAAGAUGAUGUUAUUGCAAAUUCUUCGAAUCCUCCAACCCCACAACCAUUGCCUGAAUUAUUGAGGGCAAUUUUAAGUGUUAAUCCUAAUGUGUUUGAGCAGCAACCAAGAACUCAUUGGGGACCUAAUUGCCACUCACACCAUAAGUUUAACGGUAUAUCUCCUAAUACUGUGCCCUCAAGCCCAUCAUCACUUGGCACCGCAUCAAUCCCUAACCAGCAGUUACUUGCUACCCCCUCUCAAUCCUCUCCCCAUGUUAACAUGGGCUCUCCCCCUUCCCAAGCCAGACCAGGGAAUCAACUAAAUAAUACUGCUCAGAACAGUGUAUCUCCCAUUUGGAACAGUGGAAACUCUUCCAACAUGUACGCAAGCCCAAUGUCGAAUACAUCAAGCUCUAAUCCACAAAAUGGUGGUUUCUAUAAUAGUUUAGUACAAGACAAUAGCAAUUAUGGCACUAACUUAAAUGAAGAAAAGGAUCCUCUUUCUAUGUCACCAAGUAACCAGCCAGAUCAACAGAGAUUGCUUAUGCAAUUACACGAGAAGACAUUUGAGCAAGAUGGUAAUGUGAGGACAGGACAAUCUCCAGCACAAGCCAGUGUGGCGCCGUCGCCGCUACGUUUAGAACCGCAAGUGCCUCUGCCGUCAAUGGGUGCGCCCUAUGCGCCUCAACAACAAGCUCAAAAUAGCAGCCAAGACAAGCAAGACCCUAGUAAAAGUACGGGAGUUACUAACAACAGAUACCCUGUUGUAAAGCUUGGCCGGCUAUCAGAGGGAUUAUUGAAGAAACAUGAUUUCACAACUGAAGAAAGAUCAAGGAAGAACAGUGCACUAGAAUCGGAUUCCGAUGAUAAUGUACCACUCAAGACAAAAUCAAAUAGCGGUACGCCUACUGUAGAUAAAGAAAGAGAAGCAAUAGAUAUAGCUAGAGAGAAAAAUUGGGAGGCAGUUAAGAGAAAACAUGAAGAAGCCAGCAAAAGAGAAGAAGCCGAGGCUGCAAUAGUUCGGCCUAAGUUACGAAAAGUAGAACGGAGAUUAGUACCUGUGCUAGAAAUGCUUUCUGUAGAUGAAUUAAUGGAGACAAAUACUUAUCAACGUUUUAACAAAUUGAUUGAAUCAGUAUUUGAAGCUAUUGACGACGACAUAUUGAUUACUGACGAAAUGGAGGGCACAGAUAUACCCGAAGAGUUAUUAUUACCGCGUUAUCAGCUUCAAGAGUUAUGCUCAGAAGCAGCUAAGUUAAAGAAUCUUGGUGCUAUGGAAGCCAUACCUUCAGACAGAUUAGUUCGAUUGUUAAACAUUAUGGAGAAAAAUAUUAGAGCAGCAGAAAAAAUGUCACUAGUGAGUGACCCGGAGGACAGUGAAGAGAUGAGACAAAUAUGGCUGGAGUCGGCAUUAGAGAGGGUCAUGUGCGCCUCGGACGCGUGUCUGACGUCCCUGUAUGUCAUGACCUCCCCAAAUAUGCCGAAACGUAUAUUUCUAGAAGAUGUUAUAGAUAGAAUUAUUAUGUUCAUAAAGUUCCAGUUGAACAAUACUAUUUACUGUGUCUACGACCCUGUAUAUAGUAUUCAAAGUACAUCUAAGAAGAAAGUGGACGGGCGCAAGCGUCGCGGCGGCGCGACGAGCGGCACGCGGCGCAGCGCGGGCGCGGCGCACGGCGGCUCGGGGCGCGCGGCGCGCGAGCUGUACACGCACGCGCACGAGUCCGUCACGCUGCUGGCCGAGCUGUUCGCCGCGCACCACCUCACCGACACCACGGUGCUGCACGCCUCCACCGUCGGCGUCUCGCCCUUCUUCGUCGAGAACGUCAGCGAGCUGCAGCUCAGCGCGCUCAAGCUCGUCACCACGAUAUUCACAAAGUACGAACAGCACAGACGUCUACUGCUAGAGGAUAUAUUGGCAUCGAUAGCUCGCAUUCCCAGUUCCAAGCACAACCUGCGCUCUUUCCAACUGAGCUCGGACCAACAGAUUCAGAUGCUGACGGCGCUUGUUCUGCAACUCGUACAGUGCGUGGUCACUCUGCCCGAGACACUGUGCAAGUCGCAGGACAAAGACAAAGAUAUUGAAUCAUCUGACAGUAAAAAGAACGCAGUAGACAAAGACCUCAUGAUAAUUUCCAAGUACGAGGCAGCAAUAAGUGUAGGUGGUACAUUCCUGACGUCAUUCCUGAACAAGUGCCGGAGUCGUAACGAAGAGGUCGACUUCAGGCCGCUGUUCGAAAAUUUCGUGCACGAUCUGCUAACCACUGUGAAUAAACCCGAGUGGCCUGCGACUGAACUACUGCUGAGUCUACUUGGAACCAUGCUGGUGAAGUACAUGUCGGACAAGUCGAUGGAGAUGUCAGUGCGCGUGGCGUCGCUGGAGUACCUGGGGCUGGUGGCGGCGCGGCUGCGGCGCGACAGCGUGGUGUCGCGCGCCAAGCUCGCCACCAUGGACGCCGUCGUGCGCGACAUCCGCGCGGAGGAGGAGAAGGACGGCAACCAGGGACAGAGCGCGACAUCGGGAUUAGAUGAAGACGAAGAAAGGACAGAAUUCUUACAGAGGGUAUUGCUUGACUAUCUUGCCAUCAACGGGCAAAAGGAUCAAGCUUGGAAUUGCGCCCGACAUUUCUAUAUCACGCAGUGGUACAGAGACAUGGUCGUGCAACCCAAGAGCACUUCUCCUACCAAGAAACCGAAGAAUAAGUCGAAGAAACGUUACAUAAAGGACGAUACGAGCGAAGAGGAGUCCGAUGCUGACGAUGAUAGUGACGACGAAGGGCGACGUCUCAAGGACAUUAAAGCUGAAAAGAAGCUCGCGUCCAGUGCGCUCGUGUCAGCUGAGAAAUUCAAAACUAUGGAGCGGCGGAAGAAUUUCUUCCUCGAGAAAAUCCGACCGUUUAGGUAUCAAGGUGGCACUCAAGUGCAAGUGAUGCAAUCGUACAUUGAUUACAGUGGAGCUGAACUAAUCUCUCAGUACUUAGCUUCGAAAAGAUCAUUCUCUCAGAGUUUCGAUAGAUAUUUAAGGAAAAUCCUUGUUAUUUUGUGUGAAAACACGAUAGCAAUCCGUACUAAGGCGAUGAAGUGCCUCGCGAUGAUCGUGGAAGCGGACCCGGCGGUGCUGGCGCGGCCAGACAUGCAGAUCGGAGUCAACCGAUCCUUCCUGGACCAGUCCACGGCCGUGCGCGAGGCCGCCGUCGACCUCGUCGGCAAGUUCGUGCUCAGCCGGCCCGACCUUAUCGAUAAGUAUUAUGGAAUGCUCUCAAAUAGAAUAUUGGACACUGGUGUAUCGGUGCGUAAACGUGUGAUAAAAAUUCUAAAAGACAUAUGUAUAGAGUGCCCGGAAUUCCCUAAAAUACCUGAGAUUUGUGUAAAGAUGAUUAGGAGAGUGAACGAUGAGGAAGGCAUAAGGAAGUUAGUGAUGGAAGUGUUUCAAAACAUGUGGUUCAGUCCGUGCGCGAACACGGCGCGGCCGGGCGCCCUCGACAUGACGGCGGCCGCCGCCGACCCGCUCACGCGCAAGGUGCUCAACAUCACCGACGUCGUCAUCUCCUCGCGCGACAUCGGCCUCGAGUGGUUCCAGCAGCUCUUGACUAGUUUGUUCAAGCCCAAGGAAGACAAAGAGGAUUCCACGAAAAUCAUUUAUCAACCCCCAAAGUCGCUCUUACUUGCAUGUCAGCAAAUAGUAGACUGUCUUAUUGAAAGUUUACUACAGCUGGAAGAAACCAGUGCCGAUGGGACUGGUUCAUCACAACGUAUUCUAGCAUGCCUCUCCACUUUGCAUUUGUUUGCGAAAAUUAGGCCACAAUUGUUAGUGAAUCAUGCAUUAACUUUGCAGCCAUACUUGAGCUUGAAGUGUCAGAAUCAGUACGAGCAGCAGAUAAUGUCGACGGUGGCGUCGACGCUGGAGCUGGUGGUGCCGCUGAUGGAGCACCCGAGCGAGGUGUUCCUGGCGCAACUGGAGGAGGAUGCCGUCAAGCUGAUCCUGCAGCGAGGGCAGCUCGUGAUCGCGUCCUGCAUCGCCUGCCUGGCCGCCAUCGUCAACAACCUCACGCACAACUAUAAACUCAUUAGGGACGUCUUCAAUAAGUACCAUGGUGUACUUCUUCAAUGGAAACACUGCUGGCAGAGGAACCCAGAAAUGACGAGAGGGUUGCAUUCAAGGCCUUAUUUCAGACGAGCGUUAUUUAUAGUAGGACUUCUGUUGCGGUAUUUCGAUUUCACGGAAGCUCGAGUGAUAGAUGGGCUUCCAGCCGACAUAAAAGAACAGAUAUUCUCAACGUUGAUGUUUUUCGUUGGACUUGAGGAUGAAGACUUUGUGUCCCACACUCUGAAGGCGCUGGGCUCAGUUUGUGUCAGGCAUUACGAGUUCAUGUUGCGGCCUGAGCUGAAGGACUUCUAUCAUCAACUUCUCACAUCAGAUUUAGCACCUAUAGAGAUGAAAGCGGACGUCUUGAGAAAUAUCGAAAUGUACUUACAAGAAGAAGAGCAGAGGAUGAUAAGGCAGGAUAAAGAAUGGUCCAAAAGAUCGAAACACGAGAAUCUCAAGGAGAUGGGUGACGUGUCUUCGGGUAUGGCGUCGACAGUGAUCCAGUUGUACCUGAAGGAGAUUCUGGGCUCGUUCCUGCACCCCAGCACCAUGGUCCGCUCCAGCGCCAUGAAAGUGGUGCAACUCGUGUUGGCGCAGGGUCUCGUGCAUCCUGUACAAAUUGUUCCAUAUUUAAUUUGCAUGAGCACGGACUUGGAAGUCACAGUGUCUCACACAGCUGACAAACAUCUCCAAGAGAUUGACAAGAAGUAUCCGGGCUUUAUUCACAUGAAGGCGCAACUUGGAAUCAAACUAUCCUACCAGUUACAAAAAAUAUUACAAGCUAACGCAAAUAAGGGAGUUAUUAGAGGGUUUAGGAAAAAGGAUCAAGAUGAGUUGCCAACUGCACUCAACGGUUUUCUAUACUCAUUGCUUCGUAACACGCGGCCACAGCGACGUGCGUUGGUGUUGUCGCUACUCAAACAGUUUGAUGACGUUUCUACUGCGCCACUGGAUCAGAUGCUGUACUUGGCCGACAAUUUGAGCUACUUUCCAUUUCAAGUUCAAGACGAACCAUUAUUUAUUAUUCAUCACAUUGACAUCAUUAUUUCAACAUCAGGAUCUAAUUUACUACAGCUUUUUCGUGAGGGCCUCAACAAGCCGAGCACGGAGGAGAAGGAGCCGCUGGACGAGGAGGAGGACGACGAGGAGGCGGAGACGCUGCUGACGCAGAUGCCGGAGCACACGCGGCCGCUGCAGGACGCCAUGCGCCAGGCGCGCGGCUGUCUGCUGCUGCUCGUGCUCAAGCAGCACCUCAAGCAGCUCUACGGCUUCACUGACGCAAAAAUCAACCAGUACUCACCGUCCGAGAACGUAAAGGUUUAUGAGAAAGCAGUGUCGCGGCGGCACGCGCCCAUCUUCGAACCCAAGGCGACCAUCGCGCAGUUACAGGACAACGACCGUGCCGCCGACGAGCUCGACGAGCGCGGCCGUCGGCGACUCGUCGACGAUUACCUCGAGUUCAAGCAAUUGAUGCUGAAGUUCGACCCUGAGGAGGAGGAAGACGAAGAACAGGCUGGCCAAGCCACGAGUGGCGGCGCGACCGCCCCCAGCGAAGCCGUGCCGGCCGCGCCGCCCGCGCCGCCGCCCGCCACCUAGCGCGCGGCCGCGUCGCCCUCGUGACGUCACGCCGGCCCCGCGCGCCCGUAGCGGCCGCCGCAGAGCCGCGGGGCGUCCCGCGCCGCCCGCCACGCUGCGGCCCGCGCCGCCCGCCACGCUGCGGCCCGCGCCGCCCGCCACGCUGCGGCCCGCGGGGCGCCCCGCAACGAUAACUUACUUGAAGUUCUUUAUAUAAGUUGUAUUUGAGAAACUCGAUUUUGUUUUUAUAUUAAAGUCUUGUGUGUAGAUAAUUUUUAUGAGAAUAUAAAGUAUAUGUACCUA